ACCCGAAGUUCCCCGAAGUACUUGCCUUUUUUUUUCCCCGUAUCUUUAAUGUGGCUAUCCUAACCAAAUCAACCGUCCACAAUGUUUUGAAGUAUUUAUAAUGUAGCUAACUUAACCUAAUUGACCAUUAGUAUCCUUUUAUCAACACCGCCACAUUUAUUUACAAUGAACAAAAACAGAACCCGAAUAUGCACGAUCGGACGUUUGGCUCUCUCGGCUGUGAAAAGAAGGCUUAUCAUUAUAAUAUGACAAGUGAAGCGCAAGUAACCAGUGACGUAAAUUACGAAUUAAAUGAUUGCCAAGCAGAUUAGCGCGGUGAUCGAGCUGAGACUCUGGAUGUGGUCGAGCGUGCGCAACCCGCGGGAGGUGUGAGGUCGUCGAGAUGAGCGGCGUGCUGUCCCGGGGCAUGCUGCUGUACGCGGCGCUGUGGCCGGCCUCCAGCCUGUGCCAGCAGGCCCUGGCGCGCGCGGACAGGCUGGACUGGCGCCAGGCGGCGCGGUACGGCGUGUACGGCUGCUUCGUGGUGGUGCCCAUGCUGCACGUGUGGCUGCGCCUGUCCAGCUACUGGUUCCCGCAGAUGAACCUGAGGACCGCCCUGCUCAAGGUGGUGAUAGAGCAGAUGUCGUACGGCCCGCUGGCGCUGGCCUGCUUCCUCGGCGGCAUGUCGCUGCUGGAGGGGGGCAGCGUGGACGACGCCGUCGCAGAGCUGCGCUCCAAGUUCUUCAGCACCUGGAAGGUGGGCGUGUGCGUGUGGCCGGCCGUGCAGACUGUCAACUUCACGUUUGUGCCGGAGCGCAACCGCCUGCUCUUCGUGGGGACGUGCAGCUUCCUGUGGACCGUGUUCAUCGCGUACGUGAAGCAGACGAGGGUGGAGGGCGGCCCGGAGCCGGGGCUCCGCCCCACGUCCUCGCCGUAGCCGCUUCACGUCUAUCAGGGUGUCGCUCGAGUGCAGACUGGGCCCAGUGCUUGUAGGGGACUGCUCUGGGGACAUAAACAACUAUUUUACCAAGUGGACAACGAUGAAAUCAGUGUCAGGAAUUUGCUAUGUUUGGCAUUAGUUUAGUAUUUUUUUGCAAAGACAUGGAAAGGCAAGAAAAUCACUAAUUUUAAUUUAUGUAACGGAGUAGACACCUUGAUAUGUUUUUAGCGUUUCAGUGGCUGGUUUCCAUGUGUUGGGUGUAGGAUGGGCAACAGUGUCAAACAUUGGCGUGCACGGCACGACACGGGAUCCUGGGUGGCACGGACGGGUGUGUCAGUGCCGUGCUGGCUGGGCAGUUAAACACACGUCCACUCGAGUACAUUGCAGAAGGCCGCUGAUACGUUAGUUCCUGCCGGAGUCCUUGCAGCAGUCCCCUCGAGGCGGUAUCGAUGUGAAGUGCGUAUGUGUGUGUCCUGUAGCGACUGCAUUCCAGAGCAACUAGUGUGUAGAGUCUGUGCUGCUGUGUGCUGGUCCACAAGCAAGCGUCUUGUAGUAUCGUGCGUGUUCAAGGGUUGUAUUUAGAUUGUGUAUGUUUUACAUAAAACAUGUAGGUAUAUUUAUGUAAGGCUGGCUUCAUCCGCUGUGUUGGCCUUACGGUGUUUUUCUCAGUUCAGAACCGUAUGAAGGAAUAUUUCAAAAGUGUGACUUUAAAAGUAAAGUUGUCUGCAUUACCCAGCAUGGAAACGCAGGAAACGAAAAUACGAUGAGUGACCGCAAUGCAGUUAGACAGGCUAAGAUUUUAACUAUGAAUAUUCGAUUGAAAUACGUCUGAUUAAAAAAAAAAAAGCAAUUCGAAAUGUUUAUACUAAUUUUGAAGCUAAGAAUUGUCUGGGGACAGUAUGCUGUAAUUGCCAUAUUCUCUCGCCCAAAACAUUCCGGUGAUGAUCUGCAAGUCUGAAUUGGAAUCUCCGUCGCUAAUGACGGUCACCGCCAUAAAAAACAGUCAUCUUAAACUGUUUCCACACUGCAAACACUACACUUCGGCCGGUGUCUGGGCGCCUGGCCGACAUUGUGUAGACCACGAGCAUGAAAGAAACAUUGCUUCAGCCGGCCACAAGCCAACCAUGUUGCUGAGCCGAGCCCUGGUGUGUCUCAUACCGUCUCACCCGCAAAUACUGCAUUCCUUUUUCCUUUACUCUACAUUUUUACUUUUUCAGUUCUGAGUAUUUUUUAACAGUUUAAAAAUGAGUGGUUAUAUCUUAGUUUUGAGCCUUGGUAAACAGUAGGUUUAAUCUUCAUUUUUAAUACAAAUAAAUUUAGGUGUCGCAGGCGCAAUUCUUGUCAAUUUUUAAAAUAUUCAAUUGGUGUGUUUCACAGGGACGAAUCUUGGCUUUUCUUCGCUCACAGCAGACUUUGUGAUUAUGCACCCCCCCCCCCCCCUCCCUUCUCGGCAAACAUCAGGAAACAUACCAUACACAACUGCUUUUUAUCUGAGUACAGUAUAUGUAAAAUUUUAAAGUUAAGUUUUAUUAAACACCUUGCACCUUGUACUUAACUAGUGUUUAAGUAUACAAUUUAUUUCACAUAGUGUAAAAGGUUCAUUUGGAAAACAAAAGAUAAAAUAAAACAUAGUUUUGAUUGAGUUACAUUGUAGUGUACAAUAUUAAAAAUUAUUUUAUAGUCUGCAGAAAUUAAUGCACCUCUACCUAAAGCUUAUACAUAUUCAAAGUUCAAAACAAAAUCUCUUGGCCCAUUACGCCUCUCUCUCUCUCUCUCUCUCUCUCCCCCCCCCCCCCCCCCCUUCAUGUCCGUGUGUGUGCAUUCAUUCGAUUUGACUGCUGAAGCCUUAUCGGUAAGAAAUCAGAAUUGGCUAAAUACAGGCCACCGUUGAACUCACAACUGUAUAAACAUAUAAUUUAUAGUCAAAAUGUUGGGCACUAAAGUGUGAACUAAAAUAUAAUACAAUUUCAAAUUUUCAUACAAAACCAAUAAUGGAAAGACAUGAAGAACUUUCUUAAAACAGUAUUUGUGUUAUUUUUAAGUUGAUAAUUAUAUAAUAUAUAUUAUAUAUAAAAUAUAAAAUAUAAUAAAUAUAACUGGGUGGCCAAUACACAGCUGUGCUUUGUUGUGCUGUGCUUAAUUUCCUUGUGCUCCAUUUCUUGUGUGUCAAGAGCUACUAUUUGCCGUGUCAACCACCUGUUCACAGCACAACAGCACAUUCCUUUACUUGAUGUCAUAGGCAGAAAACAGAAGUAGGUGCUUGUUAUGCUCAUGUCUAGUGUGUUGUGUCGGCCAUUCUUACCGAUGUGUCGCUGCGUGAGCAUUGCAGACUCAUGCUAAAUGUUAUUUGCUAGUUGUGAUGAGUCAAGUGUGUGCUCAUAAUUUAAAAUGUUUUGUUUGACUGAUUGAAUUACAUUGUGGUCACUAAUUGAAAGUUAGUUUUCAUGUUUCCAUGUAUGUAUAAUGUAAACAAUUUUUUCUUGUAUCGUCAAAGUACCUUUCAUCAAAAUUAUAAUAAAAUUUAAAUCCAGCAUGACAGUUAAGAUGCAGAGCCUUAGGAGUGUAGGUCAAGUCACUUUAAUAAUAAUAUUACACCUGCAAUUGGGCUUCCGCCCGGUGGCAAGGAGUUCCCACCCCCUAACUACCCUCACUCCUCCCCCCUCUGGAGCCUCCUUCGUAAGUCCUUCCCUCCUCCCAGAUCCAGUGUCCUCCCCUCAAGCUCGUUCCACUCUCGCCCGUCCUCACAAGGAACACCUGACUUCCUCUCUCUGUCCGUCUCCAUUCCCUCUGGAUCUUCCACUCAUGAUCCCUCCUUCAGCCCUCUGUGCAAAGUUUUGUAAUGUUUAGAAUUUUAGAACUUGGUUCUCGCUUCUUUUUUUGUUCUUAUUCAUGACUCCUGUCUUUUCACUCGGUUAUCUCACGAGAUAUUGCAACUUUAAAUCAAUUGCAUGUGAAGAGUGAAGAGUGGCCGUGAGAUGGGACGGGAUGAGAGAGUGAGAAGUAGGAGAUGAUUGCUCGGUCCAUGGCUUCCCCUCCUGUCAGCUGCCGGCAGGAGUAGCGAGUAGCGAGUUCGCGCUCCCAGAACCCCUGAGCAGAUGUCUUGCCCUCUUUCGUAAUUAUUGUAACUGUUGUCUUAGGUGACUGCAGUCUGUGGUAUGUUGUAUCUGUGUCAUCAUAUUGUCCUUGACUGUUUAGCAAAGUUUUAUCAUUAUCUGACUUAAGGUUGUUCUUUCUGAGCAAAUUCUCUUUCGAUUGUAGAAAGUCUUUACGGUUAACAACAGUUAUUCCUUCAAAAUAUAUCUCGCUCAUUAGUACCAGUAGCAAGUUUUAAAGUAUAAUAAUAUUUGAUAAUUGGUAAUAAAUAAAGAGUGAUAUUAGAAUUGUUGUCUGUGAUAAUGUUGUGCCGGUAUUGUCAGGAAAUAUUAGGUAUAUUAGUUACCUAAGUUAUAGAUGAUAUCUAAUGUUAUGUAUUCAAUUUUAAUGUUGUUAUAAAUUAUUGUAAAAUAACCACCAUUGGCUUUUAUUCUCGGACAUUUUGUGUAAGAAAUUCUUUCCUAGAUAAAAACGAGCUGUGGUUGUGUCCAGAUGUUGAGAGUUCACCGUGAGCUGGAUGUUCAUCAGCAGUGUUGUGAGUCCUGGGGAAACUGGCAGGCUCUGCGCGAGUGGCGAAGGGGCAGAGCCUCUGGUGGCAGGUGCAGUCGCGAUGGGCCUGUCUGCGUGUCUGUACGACCUUCAGCGUGAUGAACCACGCGGUGCUUAUGUGGAGACUCAGUGCAUUAGCCUCUGAUCUUGGAAACUACGAGUGCACAAGUACUCGAAAUUUCGAGUCAAGUUUUUAAGUACUCGACUGACCCUAAUUUUGAAGCUCGAAAAAUUCGAGUAGUCCAAUGUUUGGUCUAGGGACGUUGUAAAUGUUUCAUGAAACAUCUGAAAUACAAACCGGAGUAAUAAUCUAGGUUCAUGUACCUAGUAAUUGUGAAGCUCGUACAAUGCAGUUCAGUAGGAAACAUGAUUAGUUGAUGCAGAACUGAAUGUGAAGGUCUUCGUUACAACGUAAGUACCUUCAGCAUGCGAUGCUUAUGUUCUCCUGCCGUUUCAUUAUUAUUAACACUGUAGAUAAUUAAGUUUGCUAGUGAUGGUGGCUGAUUUUACAUAAUUUUUUACUGCAUAAUUUUCAUUUUUGUCAUUAUGAGCAUUGUCAUUAUAAGUUUGUUUACAUUAACCUUAGCAUCUAUACAAUUGUCAUAAUCAAAAUUUUGUCGAAUUUGCUGCAGUAACGAUUGUUUUUUUUUUUUUUUUUUUUUUUUUUUAAAUGAGCUUUGAUUAUCCUUUUCCUCAUAAAUAAUAUUUAUACCAUGUGUUACUGAAAAGAAAUGAACGUACAAAAUUGUCUAUUUUACCGUCCGCCUGACUCAAAAUAAUAAUGGCACUCGUAAACGUGAAGUGAAGACAAAUGAACGACUGACAAAGAAACACGGAGGAAGCACCAUAGUUACCGCACAAACACAAUAGUUACCAUAUAAACAUAUUUUAGUCCUUAUGCUUCAUAAUAUAAUUUGAAAGAAUUUAUUCUAUUGUUUUACUUAUUGGUAAUAGUUGAUUACAAUUUUUUUGUGAUGCAUAUUCAAAUAGCUAACUUACAUCGAAAUAUACAGUUGUAAAAUUAUUUCAUAAAUAUAAAUACUGAGGGUAGGAACCAUAGGUUACUAUGCAGAUAGCAUUAUGAUAGUGAGUAAAAAAAAAAACAUCAUGAGAUACUAUGUAAAGUGUUUACUUUUGUGCCACAAUUUUCUGUUGGUUGAACUUCAAAGGAAAAUGCAAAAAAAAAUUUCCCGACUUCACAAACUUGACUCAAAAAUAUAAGCGUUUUUGCACUACUCGACUCGACAUUAAAAAAUACUUCUUGUGCACCCCUGCUUGAAACCUUAAUUCACUUGUAAUCAUACUCUGGGAUUCAGUGAACUGUCCUCAUCUGUGAGGAUAUUGCAGUCUGGAUUGCUAUUUGUCUGUCUCGCUGAGGAGAAACGUGAGCAUUACUAGAGACGUGCAAAAUUCGCAGGUUCAGUGACCUCCAGGAUAGACUCUACUACACUCUACACAACCGGGCAUAUGCCACCUGUUCAUUGGCUGCUGACUUGUGAGUCGUCUUGACUGAGUGUCUGUGAUUCCACACUUCUUUGAGCAAGGGUCUCUAAUUGGCCCUCAUCACUCCAGAUUAACAGUGAACCAGUGGUAGAAGCAGCACUAAGGUAUAAUUAUUUGAAUUGUAGCAUAUCACAAAAUGAAUCCAUGAAUUUUGCAAGUCUCUAAGCAUUACUCUCAAUGACACCUUCAAGCAACUGUGGUAUGCCUCAUUAGAUGACAUCAGAUGUGCUUCAGUACAGUGUACUAUAGUCAUUGAAGACAGUAGUCUACAGGGUGGCCACCAAACCGGGAAAACGGGAAAAACCGGGAAUAUGUCGGGAAUUUGAAAGGGCCCAGGUAAAACCAGGAAACUGUCUGGAAUUUUAUUUCUUUCCUGGGCAAAUGCUGCGGUGUAAAUGCGCACAACUUAUAUAAGACGUACAUCGCGGCGUCUGAUAAUCACGCGGCAAAUCUAUACAGUGUCAUGUUGGCAGAGACUGUAGUGUUCCCAGGCGUGUCAUGUUUCUUCUUUCCUCAUAGACGCAAUACGUCACUAAGGGGGGAGGGGGAAUAUGAACCGCACUACGGCGUGCAACACGGGGUGUUGUUCUAAUUUGUUCUAGAGGUGUAAAAGUAACGAAAAAAAGUGUACCCGUAUGUAUUCGUUACUAUAACAAUUAGUACUCGUUACUUUCGUAUCGUUACUCGUUACUUCUGAUACCGCAUAACAUGCUAUGUUAUGUAACAGCAACGAAUCGAGUCGUAUUUCGUACGCGUACAGUAUGACGUCGCGUAAAUAAUAAUAAAUCGAAUAUAAACAAUUUAAAUAUUUGAUAAUUAACAGCUUUUGUUAACCAAGAAACAAUUAAAUCUCAUUAGAGCGGCUUUAUUAUAAUAUAUCAUUUAAGAUAAGAACAUAAAACGUGAAAAUACGUGAUAAUAAAAAACAAAAACAUACAUAUUUAUAAUUUGUAAAAAAUACUUUCUUACGGUGUUUCUGUUCCAAUCUAUAACUUUGUCUACACACACAAUACCUUUAAUAAACAGUAAAAAACUUGGACGACGAAUUUCCAAAUUAUACUUUUAUUAAUAAACAAACAUCGUUCUUUGUAACGAAUAAGUGCGCGCAUGCGUAAAUCAUACGAAAGAUGCGAGUAACGAAAUGCACUCGUGUGUAAUGUUUCGUUACUCGUUACUAGAUGCCGCACCCGUUACUCAGUAAUAGAGUUGUAAAAGUAAUGAAAGAAUGUGUACCCGUAUGUAUUCGUUACUAUAACAAUUAGUACUCGUUACUUUCGUAUCGUUACUCGUUACUUCUGAUACCGCAUAACAUGGCACAUGCUAUGUUAUGUAACAGCAACGAAUCGAGUCGUAUUUCGUACGCGUACAGUAUGACGUCGCGUAAAUAAUAAUAAAUAGAAUAUAAACAAUUAAAAAUAUUUGAUAAUUAACAGCUUUUGUUAACCAAGAAACAAUUAAAUCUCAUUAGAGCGGCUUUAUUAUAAUAUAUAUUUUAAGAUAACAUAAAACGUGAAAAUACGCGAUAAUAAAAAACAAAAACAUACAUAUUUAUAAUUUGUAAAAAUACUUUCUUACGUUGUUUCUGUUCGAAUCUAAAACUUUGUCUACACACACAAUACCUUUAAUAAACAGUAAAAAACUUGGACGACGAAUUUACAAAUUAUACUUUUAUUAAUAAACAAACAUCGUUCUUUGUAACGAAUAAGCGCGCGCAUGCGUAAAACAUACGAAAGAUGCGAGUAACGAAAUGCACUCGUGUGUAACGUUUCGUUACUCGUUACUAGAUGCCGCACCCGUUACUCAGUAACUAAUACAUACGGUUUGCUACAGCUCUAAUUUGUUAUGUUCAGUACAAGUCUUCGAGCGGUUUUAGUCUUACGCUGUGCAGUUUGUUAGGAAGCUAUUGCGGCAAUGUCUACUAGGUAUUUCUGUCAUUAUGAGUCUUGAGGUUCCAUGGGCGAUGCGAUGCGAAAGACAGAACUUGUGCGAGAUGCAAGAUAUGCAAUAAAAGUUUCAAGAUUGAUACGAUGGGUAGGGGAGCAUUUACAAGCCAUGCCAAAUCUAAGAAUUACAAUAGAGUUAUAAAUAACCAAUCAAGAAACCUGCAAGUUACAGAAUUUUGUUUCCACUCAACCUGCUCAGGAUGAAGCCCACGCUUCCUGUAACAAAGUUUUAUUAGUACUUUAAUUUAUACUAGUAGCUUCCAACGGUUUAGCGGUGUUAUAAACUACGACGUCUUGUAAUCCAUCGCUUAUCAAUAAACUGUCAAAUAUGUCCAGUAACUAACGACACUGCACGUUUUUUUAUGAAUAUUCGCAGCUGUGCGUUGAGGCCGGCCGAUAAACCUUCCGCAUUAACUUACCUUUAACGUCGGUAAUGCUAUGUUCACUUAAAAUUUGUAAAAUAAUAAUACUAAACAUAUAAUUAUUAUGUACACCAGAUCCCCGAUUUAACGAAGCAGUGAUUUUACGAGUACAUUCUCGGGAACCGUAAAAAAAAUUGGAAAUUUUGACCAAAAUGUGAAAAUCAGAAAAAAAUAUUUUUAAAAAAACGCAAUGAAAGAUCAUGUAUACCGAAUAAAAGCAUGUUGGACCUCCAGCGGUCACCAGCAAAGCAUAAACACGACCCAAUGCGUGGUGCAACUGCUACAUCGCUUCGUUAUUGCUCGCGCGAGAGGCGAGACGUGGAAUGUUAGAAGAAAGGAAGGGGGAAAUGCGGGGGAUGACAGACAGCAGCCAGUGUGUUUCCUGCGUGGGGAAUAAGUGGCGUUGCUCCUUUUUUUAUGCUGUGUGAAGCGACCUUUUUCUAUCAACUCACGGGAAAAGAUAAUUGCUUGAGCUGUCAAAAUAAACAUCGCUGCGACAGUACAAGACGCGGGCGAGCAUCCGGUAGGUCGAUGUGUAUAUCUACUCGAAAAACAUAUCUCAAUUCAUGACACUAAUAAGAUUCCUUAUAACUUACACGUAUAGCCUGAUGUUUUCAGCCUGAUCCAAGACAAGCAGAAAAGAACCUUAGGGAACUUAAGGCAAAAAAAGUCAAAAUAAUGAGUGAUGCCUUAAAACAGACCGCUCUCAUAGACGAAGAAAUUUUAAACACAAAAAAGGUUAAAGUUAUGUGGCAAAUAUAUAUUUAGUAAACUGCCACCUGUUUUUUUAGUUGGGUAUGUAUCACAUUUUGUGCAUUUUUGUUUUAUAUUUAGUACUAUACAGUUCCGUGUUUUAAAAUGUGUGCUUUGUAUCAUGUAUUACAUAAAUAAAAACAUGUCAUUUUGUAUAUAUAUUGCAAAACCUGGAAAAUCUGGAAAAUACCUGGAAAAACCUGGAAAAAACCUGGAAUUUUUUAUCACAAAUAUAGUGGCCACCCUGAGUCUAAGCACAUCUGAUGUCUGUCCGAGAAGUCUCCCCACCUGGCCGCCUAGACAAGGAAAUAUGUAUGUGCUGCAGAGAUCUGAUUUUUGAAGUUAUGAAAACAUGGUGAGAGUGAAUUUCUACGCAGCACGCGCACCAUGUAAAGAUAUUUUCACAGAAUGAAAUAAAGGCUACCUACAUACAAAUAAAUUUAUGAGUGCUUUUAAAUAGUAUACUUCAUUGAAUGAUGUUGAAUAGUGGUCCAUGUCAUUAAAAACAUUAAUUUAUGGAAUUAUUUGUGAUAUAAAUUGAGUUUAUGACUUUGUCAAGUGUAUUUAUAGA